UAUAGAUAUAGGUUAAUAGAUUAUUUUACCCCAAAAAUAAAAUAUAAAAAAUAAUUUAGUGACAUAUGGUCAAGCAAAAAGACCAACAUUGUCAAGCGCCAAGAUCAGUAUUACAGAGCAGAAGGGAAAGGGAACCCAUGGAAGCCCCUAAAACUGCUCCUCCUUCUCAGGCAGGCAUGAACAGAAAGAGGCCACUUGACAACUCCAAAUCGCAAAACUCACCUUACAACAAGAUGAGACUCAUUGUUAAAGAUCUUCGACCCCAUGUUAUCGAGGUUCUCCGCACUCCUGACUUCCGCAACUGCAAGGCUGCUACUGAAAUUCGUCAACAGUUGAAUCUCCUGAUAGAUCUUUACAAGGAGUUCAUGGAAGAAACUAUAAACCCGGAGGCAGCUAAGGAUGCAACAGGAGCUCGGAAUGCUUCAGUGGAUAUCAAGGAAGGAGAAAAGCCUAGUGAGCAACGGAUAGACAUGAACCCUCCUCCAGGAAAUGUGGCAUCGGCGAAGCCUGAGGGGGAUUCAUCUCAGAAACAGCGAGCUGAAGAUGAUGGGCUCCAAGUGACAGGGUCAUAUGUGGUUGGAGGUUCAGCAUUUGGUUGGAACUUUAUAACAUACACCAGCGGGAAGGCCAUGUAUUAUGGACAAAGCAAAGAGUCCUUCCGCUCUGCAAAUGUUAAAUCUGAAUGAAGUUCCCAAAGUUCACUUUUACUCUCUACUUUUGGGAUUAGAAUGGCUUGAUGGUGUGUACAAUAGAUUUGGUUAUUUGGUUAGUACCCUACAACCUCUCUUCCAACCUCCCUCUCUAUGUAGUAGUUGUAUGGGUCGAGUAGAACUGCUGGAUCGUCUAAAGCUUAAAAUUUCAACCAGGAUCUACCUAGUUACUACUCA